AUGACUUCUGAACCCGGAAAGCCUGUUGCGAAGCCUGCUAAGAAGCCUGCUAAGAAGCCUGGGUACACCAAUCCGGCUUUCAAAGCCCUUGGUGUACCCACCUUGAGACUGCCCUCCAGAAACUGGAUGAUCUUCUGGUCCGUGCUAACGGUAUCCAUCGGAGGCCUGGCCUACGACAAGUACAAACAACGACAGAUUUUGAAGCGGGCGACUGGCUCGGUGGAACCGUUGGCGGAAGAAGUUUUGGAGGUAGACAGAAUUCCACGGAAGAUCACCGUUUUCAUUGCACCUCCCCCAAACGAUUAUCUGGAGAGUUCGUUGAAAGUUUGGAGGCGUUACGUUAAACCAGUUCUUUACCAUGCCGGCUUGGACUACGAACUGGUUCAGGAGGACAGACAGGGAACUAUAAGAACCAAUGUGGCCAAUAGAAUCAGACAGCUACGAAAGGAGGUAUUGGCGCGAAAGGAUGAACAGUUACCAAACGGGUCCAAGCCAGUGAAAACAACAGUAGAUUCGAAGAACUCUUUAUCGAGCAGGCUUUCGUCGCUGCUACCGUUCAGUAGGACUGGCUCGGUUGAUUCGGCAGACGAUGAGCCAUUUGAUCCAGAGAUUGGUAAAGAAUUCAAGAAAAACUUCGAUUGGAGAAACGUCAUUGGUAUUUUCUAUACAACGCCCAAGCCAACAGAUAUAAUAAGUGAAGAUUCACUGGUAGAAGACCCUAUUCUAUCUGGGGGUGUUAUCUGCUUAGGCAGAGGUGCAUAUAAGGAGUAUAUUGCCGGUAUACAUGAAGGUUUGCUGGGCCCUAUUGAAAGGGAAAUCGAGGUGGUUGAGGCUACGGAACCCAAGAUAACAGAAGUUCCUGAGAUCAAGGAUAUUAAGGCAGAUGCAAACGAACCGAACCCUGCUACGUUGCCGGAUGCAAAGAACGAUGCUGAUCCUGCAGAGACGAAAGUGGAUGAUGAUUUGAAGCUAAAUGAGGAAAACGCUACAGAGGAGUCGCAACUUUUUUUAAAGCCUUUCAUCACCCCAGACCAAUACCCUGAGUUGCAAAUCGCUCCGGAAUUACAAACGGCAGAUGGCAAAUUCAUAAGAAACCCCGACACAAAUAUCCCUCUUCUCAUAAACCAACCAUUACUAGUCAUCCCCAUACCCAAUUUAAUAGGAUUCACUACGAUUCCCACAAGAAUUUACCGGUUCUACCAGAAGCGUUUCUAUGUCGAGGAUGUGUGUUCCAAUGUAGUUAACUGUGCACAACAGUCACACAUUAGACCAUUUGACAUUUCAAAGGACAUCGAUAUGGCGAAGGAUGAAGAAAAGGACUGGCCUCAAAACUGGAUCAAACAAGGUAAAGAGAAAAACAGUGAAUGGACCCAAGAAUUGGAAUGCGAUCCUAGAGUCACAGAGCACAUGUCCGUCUAUGAGAAUCCAUCCAAGGAAGAGCCCAAAUAG